GUGUCGUCAUCCGUCAAUGCCGCCCUCCUCAGUAUCGCACUCGCUCAAACCUCGACUCUCUCUCCCCGACUCCCGCAUCCAUAUUCGCUCCUCGCCGCUGGCCUGCCUGUCCACAAGACACCGACGCUUGCCUGCUUCUUGAUUUGCAUGUCUCCGCAUCGCCCGUGCCCGCGGCUCAGAGCUCCAUGAGCAAGGACGACGACGAUCUGCAUCCAAAUGUCUUGGUCGCCGUGCGACUGCGUCCUCUCUCACAAAAGGAGCGAGCAAAGGAUCCCACCAUCUGCGUCACUGCCUUGGACUCAAAGACGAUCCAGGUGACCGAACCGCAUCCACCUGCUGCCGACGAGAUCCGCAAGCGAGAAAAAUUCAAGGAGCAGCUCUUCUCCUUCGAUCGUGUGUUCUCUGAAAAGGAUACCCAGGCCGAUGUAUACUGCCGGACAGCAAAGGACCUCAUUCCCUCGCUCCUGGACGGAUACAACGUCACCGUGUUCGCCUAUGGAGCCACUGGAUGUGGAAAAACGUACACGAUGCUCGGCACCGAGGCUGAUCCCGGAAUCAUGUCCCGGACGCUACACGAUCUCUUUGAUGCCGUCGGAGCGGGCAGCCUGCAAGCUUGCAGUCUCAGAAUGUCGUAUCUUGAGAUCUACAACGAGAGCAUCUAUGACUUGCUCUCCGCCGAACCCAAUUUUGAGUGCCUGGAGCUGCGGGAGGACGGCUCUGGGUCGGUGUUUGUGGCCGGACUGAAUGAGAUCACUGUCUCGACUGCAGACAAAGUCCUCGAGCUCCUGGACAAGGGAAAUCGGCUCAGAUCACAGCAAGCCACAGGGGCAAACGAGGUGUCGUCCCGGAGCCACGCCAUCAUGCAAAUCCAGAUCGAGUGGGACGACGUCUCGAAUUCAAAGCGUAAGUCACGGCGAACGGCCAAAAUGGGACUAAUCGACCUUGCAGGAUCAGAGCGAGCUGCCGAGACAAAUAAUCGUGGGAUUCGUAUGGUCGAAGGUGCCAGCAUCAACCGUUCGCUGUUGGCACUCGGUAACUGCAUCAACGCCCUGUCAGAGGGACAAAAGGGGAAAUACAUCAACUAUCGCGACAGCAAACUGACGCGGCUGCUCAAAGAUAGUUUGGGAGGACAUUGCCGGACAAUCAUGAUUGUGAACAUCAGUCCAUCCCAAGUCCACUACGACGAAACAGUCAACACCCUCAAGUAUGCCACUCGUGCUCGCUCGAUCAAGAACAAGAUUCAAACAAAGUACAACGUCGUGCCCCUGCCACCCGAUUUCCAGCCCAAGUUUCCGGCACACUUGCGCCAGCAGCAACGCCCCGCGACCACCAAGACACUGGCAUGCAAGGUGCCCAAUCCCCUGACCCACACCAAAUCAACAGGCAAAGUUCCGCUGCUUGAUUCGGGCGCCUGCUCGGCCAAGCUCGUUUCGGAUCUUCGACAGCUCUUCCGAGAAGAAAUGGAAAUGCACCGCAGGUUGGUGGCUAUACUCCUGUCAGAGAAUAAGUCUGAUGAUCAAGAGACCCAGAGAUCGAGCCUUCUGAAUGAUAUUCUACAGUGCGAGCACAAGAUCCAUGAUCUCGUCAAGGUCACGCAAAGAUCAACCUCUGGAGAGUUUCCACAGUACCUGGUUUUCCUCCUAGCUCUGCACUAUGAGUCUAUCGAAGCGCACUACCUCAAGCAGCAGUGUCAGCAUCUAGCAGAGUCCCUGUCCCAUGUCCAGACCCAGAACAAGAUUCUCCGGUCGUCCGUCGUUCCAUCGCUUCUCCAGGCAAUCGAUUCUCAAAGGGACUUGCUGGCCAAGAAGAAAGUCAAGCCCACCAACGAGCUGCUGGCCAUCUACCCACUUGUCCAGCAGCUGCAAGCGAUGGCUCCGGCCGCUGUCGAGAACACGGACUCUACCGGUAAAUUCCUUGCUGGAGUUGGUCCAAAACAUUUGUCCGACGCGGGCUCUAUCGAGACGAUGCUUGGAUCAAUGUCCAUGUCCGAUAUGACAGCUGCAUCAACAAGGCUCGAAGAACUGCAGGGCACGAUGGCUUCGCUCCCGAGGCUGAGCGCAUCUGUUGCACAGCUGCAGAACAGCUGGGACAAUAUCGAAGCAACGCUUGGCCGGUCCUCGGCGCCAUCUCUGGCGAGCAGACCGAGAUUGGACCGGAGGGCGUCUGGUCUGUCGUGGGAAUCAAGCCGAGAGAAUGUUACGCUGCCUCCCAUCAUGCUGCCAUCACACAAGCCUCAGCGUCAGGGUGAUCCCAAAGUAUCACCUCCACUGCUGCCACCAACAGUUGUCGAAGGUCAGACCUCUGUUCGUCGAAUGGAUCGUAAACAGCCUAAACCCAUCGAGCCUCAAAGCACUGAUACCCUGAAAUCCCAUUGAAGCCACUCAGCAAAGAUCAUACACCAAAGACUUGCCCCUGUUAAAGCGAAAUAUCGCGCCGAUAUCUCAACCCUGUCGUAUCCGCUCAUCCCCUGACCAACCCAAUAAGAUUGCGUCAGCCGCACGACUUGGGACAUGGCGAC